UCUCCAAAUUCAUCCUCCCCCAUCUCUCUCCCAACACAAGAACAUCACACCCCGAGAGAGAUCAACAUCAAAAAAUAAUAAAAAUGUCGAGUUACAUAAAAAACGUGAUAAAUUUUGUGAAAAAGCCAGCGAUAAUGCAUGUAGUGCUGGACAUAAUAAUAUGCUCAGUUCCUCUAUGGGCAGCUACAUUGAUCGGGCUCAUGAUUGAUUGGGACUGGAGUCCUAGCUGGACCACUUUGGUUUAUGUAGCCAUUCGCCGCAAGUUUAAACUCUUCUGGAACUUUCCAUCACUUACAGCUCUUAUACCUCGUAGGCUUUGGAUUGCCUUCACUGCUCUCUCCGUUGUCUCACUUGCCACCAGGUUUUGGUCUAGUUCUCAGCUUCAGGAGCUCAUGGACUGGGUUGAUGCUCUGGCUGGCGAUUGGGAUGAGUCCGGGGAGACUACUCAUGCCGCGAUGAGGAUCACCACUGGUGCCUCGAGUAGAGAAAAUGUUGCUGUUGAUGAGAAUGAUUUAGAACACCUUUUGCAUAUUAUAAAUGGAAAAGGUGGGCAGAUGAAUUGGCAACAUCUGAUGGAUCGUUCCACAUCAAACAUGGCAUAUCAAGCCUGGUUCCAUGAUCCAGAGACGGGUCCUGUAAUUUACAAAAGCAAAACUUUGCUUGAGGAUGCGACUCCAGAGAUACUUAGAGAUUUCUUCUGGGAUGAUGAAUUUCGACCUAAAUGGGAUCCUAUGCUGGCGUACUUCAAGAUGGUUGAGGAAUGCCCUAAUACAGGAACAACAAUUGUCCACUGGAUAAAAAAAUUUCCAUUUUUUUGCAGUGAUCGGGAAUACGUCAUUGGUCGAAGAAUAUGGGAAGCUGGGAAGACAUUUUAUUGUGUGACCAAGACGGUUCAAUAUCCAGCAUUGCUGAGGCGUAACAAGCCUAGGCGUGUCGAUACUUACUUUUCAAGCUGGGUUAUCAAGCCUGUGCAAUCCCACAAAUCAGAUGAAAAGACUGCAUGUGAGGUGACUCUUGUACAUUAUGAGGAUAUGGGAAUUCCGAAGGAUGUUGCAAAACUGGGUGUUCGCCAUGGGAUGUGGGGAACUGUUAAGAAGAUGAAUGGUGGCUUCAGAGCAUACCAGCUAGCUAGGAAAUCUGAAGCACCGAUAUCCAGAAGCGCAUUAGUAGCAAGAAACACUACAGAGAUUAAUCCCGAAGAAAAUGCUGAUUUGUUAUCAGAGUUGAUCUGUGGAGACAACGAGACAAGUGGUGCUUUAAAUGUUCAGGGCAGAGAGCAGAAUGCAAUAGAUUGGAAACUGUUAGUUAUUGCUGGAACUGUGGCACUUGCAUAUGGACUUCAUCGAGGACUGAUCAGUAAAACCUUUCUAGUCGGAGCUGGAAAAAGAAUUGCUCGCAUGUGACAAGCUGGGAAUCGAUGAGACAGUGAAGAGUUUGUAUCUUCCCUGCUGUAUCGGAAAGAAUGUCUUCUGUAAUGUAUGUUAUACUGUGCAUCUAGGUAGCUGAGAAGAUCAAACUGAACCAAAAACACUGUUAUGUAUGUUAAAUUAGCACAUAAUGGACCUGUGUAGCCUGGAAUGAGUUACUAAAAGGCUGAGUUGAUUUGUUC